CACUAAGUACAAGUUUUAGCCUUGAUAUUGUAAUUGUUGACAAAAGUCUCAGUAUGAUUUCAUUUGACAUGAAUUUCAUGAACCAUUCCAAUUUAUCAGCUGUUUUUAUAAUUAUUGGAUUAACCUUAAAAUUAGAAUCAUCGUCUGAGUAAUUUACUAUUUUAAGAGCCAUUUAGAAAAGUAACUUUUUAAAAAGCAGAACAUUGAAUUGUUUAAAUAUGUUGACAAUUAUAAACAUUUUGUUUUUACAGGACAAUGAAAUGAUGAGCAAAAGAGGGUCAUUUGAUGAGAGAGUAAAAUUAACUGGUCCAAGUCUAGCUGACCAAAAAUGGUUCAACGCGGGUUAUCACUCUUGACAUUGUUAGGAUGAUGAGGGUGAAAACGAUUAAAAAAAACAGGAUUGAGCUCAUUAUAAUCUCAACCGAGUAGUCGUUUGUCCAUCCAUAGGUCAUUUAACCAUAAAAUUAAAUCACUUUUCUCACCCUGUUAAGUUAAUCAUGUACACAACUAGAGCAAAUUUUACCCCUUAUGUUUCGUUUCGUUUAAUCUGGUUGCCUCUUUAAAGUCAACUCUCACUUGAUUUUUGACAUUUUCCUGCAUAAAUAAUUCAUCAGAAUAAUGUUAAUUUUAAGUUAUCCUUGAUAAUGCUAAUAAUCAUGACAAUAACUGUAAUGAUAAUAAUUAUAGCAACAGUAAAAAAAGGAUGACCGUUAGCCGUUUGUCAUUUGAAUAUAACGACCUUUUCUCUCACUUUUCUUUCUUUCUCUUCAUUUACUCUCUUUUCUCUUUACUCCUUCAAUUCUUCAUUCCUUCUCAUAUCAUUUUUAAUUUUGACGGUUUACUGACAACAAUCAUAACCAACAUUACUCUUCUGAAUUACCUAAAUCAGCUCUAAAUAAGUUAACCUUAAAAUCUUAACCAACAGCAAUUUAUCUUUGUGAUACGAAUAACAUUUUUAUAUUAAGUUGUGUUUACAUUUGUUUCCAUAGUCUCUAUACAUCAAUAACGAGACAAUGAAGUUGCACCAAUUUUUCCUGGUCAAUGUGAUUCUCACCAUAACAGUGUCAAUUAUACCAAUCGAUUGUCAAAUAUUAUCGUUUCUUGCUCUUGCUUCUUUAGCACGGCAAUUCCUUCGACCUCGCCAAUCUUACCAAUCUUCAAACUAUUUCCAAUCACAAUCACCACUGCAAUCAUCACCCUAUGAACAAAUGCUCUCAUCAGGUUCACACAUGAACCCAGUCAUGGUAGCCCCACCGUCACCCUUCUCACCUUUAUCGUCAACUCCUAAUUCGGGCUUUGGAUUCCCUAUGUCAAACCCAUCACAACUUAUGUCCAAAAAUAUGUUUUCAUCUCCAGUUACUGAUUGGUCUCGAUUAUUAUCAAGUGAAAGUCAAGGAGUACCAAGUGUCUAUGGUCAAUAUCCUUUCGGUGGCUUUUCAUCUGGUUUGUCUGGCUAUUCUGGUUUAUCGGGUCUUUCUGGUUUACCUUCAUUUUCAUCAUCACUUUAUGAACCCAAAUUACCUUUUGGGUUAUCCUCAAUGUACCCAUUUGAGGAUAUGACUGGUCAAAGGAAACGAAACUUUCGAUUAACUCCUUUUUGAUUUAGAUAUUCAAUUGCAUUAAAUUAUUUCAACAUUUAAUGAUGAAAAAUACAUGAUAUGAAAUGUAUGAUUAGGUACAAAAACAUUUUUGUUUGCAAACCUGAAAAGCCAAAAGAUAAGUUCAUUAACAAAUGUAAUUUUCAUCAAUUUUCAUCUCAUCAACAUCAACACCAUCUCAUCUUCAUCAUCGCCUUCAUCAAAUUUCAACAAUUUAAUAUUAUAAAUAUCUAUCAUCAUUGUUUAGGUAAACAAAUUCAAACAAUUACGCCCAACAAUAUUAAUCUCUUAUUUUAUUAUUAACUGAGAACUUUGAAUGUUGGUUUUCCUACAAUUUUAUCGUAGUUUUUCAUCUGGAUUGUGCUUAUACAAAUGUAAUCGGAAACUCAUUCUAACGAUUAAGAAUUGAAACUCACUCUAACCAUUUUUUUUACUUUGAUUAA